AUUCAUUGAAACCCUCUGAGGUAUUGGUUCUGGGUGCGGCUUUGAAAUCAACACAGGUUACUGGGAGAUACCGUAAACAACAGAUCAGUCGGAUGACAAACCUGAUUUCAUUAACGGCUGGGAAGAUGCUCGAGCUGUCUAAAACACUGCUGCACGUAAACCUUUAUAUAUAUUUUAAACGAGUUUGUUAAACAUUUUCAGCCUUCCUUCCCAUAAAGCAUACUGAUACCCGGUGGAAUUAGUCAAGGUUUCAGUGACAAAUGGGUGAAACCCCCUACUAAGCCAUGAUCUAAUUGGGAGGGGCAUCUGUGGGCUGGGAUACUAUAACCCGCCCAUGUGCGUUCAAUAAGUACCGUUGUGUUUGCCGCUCAGCUCUCAGAACGACUCAAGACAGCAGCGUACGUUAACUGUCUGCAGCAACAGAAUUCAGAAUGGUAUCGAUGGGACUCCAGAUUCUGGGCAUAGCCCUGUGUGUGAUCGGAUGGCUGGGAGCCAUCAUAACCUGCGUUCUUCCCAUGUGGAGGGUGACCGCUUUCGUUGGAAACAACAUCGUGGUGGCGCAAAUAAUUUGGGAAGGUCUUUGGAUGAACUGCAUUGUUCAGAGCACCGGGCAGAUGCAGUGUAAAGUGUACGACUCCCUGUUGGCGCUCUCGCAAGACCUCCAGGCUUCCAGAGCUUUGACCGUCAUUGCCAUUGUGGUAGGAGUCCUGGGCAUCCUCAUCUCCAUUGUGGGAGGCAAAUGCACCACCUGUAUAGAAAACGAGGUAACGAAAGCAAAAGUCACAAUUAUAUCGGGAAUUGUCUUCAUCUUGGCUGGAGUGCUGACCCUGAUCCCGGUGUCCUGGUCAGCGAACACCAUCAUCAAGGAUUUCUACAACCCGCUGGUCACCGACGCCCAGAGGGGUGCACUCCUCACCUGCGUCCUGCCUAUGUGGAGAGUGACCGCUUUCAUUGGAAACAACAUCGUGGUGGCGCAGAUCAUUUGGGAAGGUCUUUGGAUGAACUGCAUUGUUCAAAGCACCGGGCAGAUGCAGUGUAAAGUUUACGACUCGCUGUUGGCGCUGUCGCAAGAUCUCCAGGCUUCCCGAGCUUUGACCGUUAUCUCCCUUGUGGUGGGAGUCAUUGGCAUCCUCGUCUCCAUCAUGGGAGGAAAAUGCACCAACUGCAUAGAAAACGAGGCAACGAAGGCAAAGGUCACAAUUAUAGCGGGAAUUGUCUUCAUCUUGUCUGGAGUGCUGACCUUGAUCCCGGUGUCCUGGUCAGCGAACACCAUCAUCAAGGAUUUCUACAACCCGCUGGUCACCGACGCCCAGCGGAGAGAACUUGGCGCCUCCCUGUACAUCGGAUGGGGAACAUCGGGUUUGCUGAUCCUCGGAGGGGCUCUGCUCUGCUGUUCCUGCCCCCCGAAAAACGAUGCCUACACUGCGAAGUAUUCUGCACCUAGGUCUGUUGCUACGAGCAAGAACUAUGUAAUAGCAUCAAUGGGACUCCAAGUUCUAGGCAUAGCCCUGUGUGUGUUCGGGUGGCUGGGUGCACUCCUCACCUGCGUCCUGCCUAUGUGGAGAGUGACAGCUUUCACUGGAAACAACAUCGUGGUGGCGCAGAUCAUUUGGGAAGGUCUUUGGAUGAACUGCAUUGUUCAGAGCACCGGGCAGAUGCAGUGUAAAGUUUACGACUCCCUGUUGGCGCUGUCGCAAGAUCUCCAGGCUUCCAGAGCUUUGACCGUUAUCUCCCUUGUGGUGGGAGUCAUUGGCAUUCUCGUCUCCAUCAUGGGAGGAAAAUGCUCCAACUGCAUAAAAAAUGAGGCAAUGAAAGCAAAGGUCACAGUUAUAGCGGGAACUGUCUUCAUCUUGUCUGGAGUGCUGACCUUGAUCCCGGUGUCCUGGUCAGCGAACACCAUCAUCAAGGAUUUCUACAACCCGCUGGUCACCGACGCCCAGAGGAGAGAACUUGGCACCUCCCUGUACAUUGGAUGGGGAACAUCGGGUCUGCUGAUCCUCGGAGGGGCUCUGCUCUGCUGUUCCUGCCCCCCAAAAGACGAUGGCUACACUGCGAUGUAUUCUGCACCUAGGUCUGUCCCUAUGAGCAAGAAAUAUAUGUAAUUUAUGAAAUAUAUGUAAUAAAGGCACAACAGCGCCUUUAUUUCCUGCGGAUCAUGAAGAAAGCUCACCUCUGUCCCAGGAUACUGAUGGACUUUUACCACUGUACCAUUGACAGCAUACUCCCCAACUGCAAUUGUCCUGUAUUGGACUGCAAAGCACUACAGCGUGUGGUGAAAACUGCCCAGCGGAUUAUCGGCACCCAAUUGCCCACCAUUGAGAACAUCUACCAUAAACGCUGCCUGGGCAGGGCGAAAAGCAUUAUCAGGGAUGCAUCUCACCCUAACCAUGGACUUUUUACUCUCCUCCCAUCUGGUAAGUGCUACAGGAGCCUCCGCUCCUGCACCAGCAGGCACAGGAAGAGCUUCUUCCCUGUGACACUGCUGAACCUCUCAUCACAGCGCUAAGCAGUACUGCAUCCGUAUUGUAUUGUCUCAGUACUUUUAUAUUUGUGUGCUGUAGCAUUUUUUUAUUCGCAGUUAUUUUGUAAAUAACACUAUUCUUUGUAUUUCUGGUCAGAUGCUAAGUGCAUUUCAUUGGCUUUGUAUCUGUACUCGGCACAAUGAUAAUAAAGUUGAAUCUAAUCUAAUCUAAUCUGAUCUAAUUUGGAAAGAAAUAGAUAUGAACCAACUUCUUGAGAUAAAAUCACGUUAAGUUUGUACAUUUUACAACAUUUCCUCAUUGAAGAACUAAGUGAAUUUACUGUAAAGUGUUUAAGUAAUUAUUUGUAUCAUGCUAACCUAGUUGCAUUUAGAUUUUCAUUGGGGGAUGAAUUUUAAUUUAAAUCUGCACCUGUACACAAUGUAACUUCAGGUGCAGCAAUUGUUAAAUCUGACGAGAAUCUGAAUAUAGAGAAGUUCGUUAACGUAAGGUUUUGAUGGAAAAUUUUUUUUGUAGAAGUACCAAUGUUUAGAUAAUAUUGAGUUUCAACGACAAUGCGUUACCAGUUAGUAAGAAAACGUCCAGUGUUAAGUCGUAUUUUGUAAGUAACUAGUUCCUGUUGACAGGGGAGUGAUGGGAUAUACCGGCUGCCAUUUCGCCAACUGGGAAGGUGGAAUUUAUAAAAUGGGUCUACAACAGCAGUUCAGUCCUUUGAAAGUGUUAAUACUAUUUUAUAUUUACUUUGCAAUGAUGUAAUUUGAAAUUAUAGCCUUAUUUUUAAUUCUGUAUCAUUUUCUUAUUGCCAUAUUUUAAAGAUUAACCUUUUUCCCAUGACUCUUGGGCAUUUAUUUUCUUGAAGACUUUGGGGACAUGGUAAUAUUGUAAAUGGGAAGGGCUGAAAUAAAAUCUAAAUUACUUUCACAUUUUCUUGUUAAAUAUUUUCUUAUGGGUGAAAAUGUGGGCAUUAUGACAAAGGGAUCAGUAGU